CAGGGCCUUCAGAGAGGCGAGGAAGCACAAAAUGGAGGCCCAGCCCGAAGGGGUCCCCCUCCCCAAGAAGCAUCUGACGGAGGCUGCGAUGGUGAACCCUCCUUCGGCCCUUGAGGCUACUGACGCCCGCCAUGUUGACACCGAUGCAGUGCACACCAGCGGCGCCAAACCCUCCAGACCCGCAAUGGAGAACGCACCCUGGGAGGACAUGGAGGACAUGCCGGGGGAGACCCCCAUUGUCGCAGAGGAAGAGGAGGACGCUGCACGUCGGAGGCUGCACGAAAACGAGGAGAGAAUAAUUGACGAUGACGAUGGCAGCGGUGCAGAAGAAGCAGACACCAUCAUUGCGGGGCGGUCCAGCUCUGUCUUGCCCACCUUGGUCCUUUCGGACACACUCAUGAAUGGCCUCAGGCGCGACUUCGAGGGCGGCCUCACGAAGAAGAUCAUAGAGUCCAUGAGCCGCCCCUCGAUGGAGCUGGUCCUUUGGAAGCCCUUCCCCAGAUUGCUGGGAUCCAAAAUGGCUGACGGCAAAAGGGGUUUGUUGCAGACACCGCCGCAUCCUCCUCCUCCGCUCCUUUACGCCGACCCUGCGGGCGGACCCUCCGCCGAGGAAGAGAUGGAGCUAUGAGACUAAAACCCGAGUGCGAAAGCUCGCAAGAACACCAAAAAAGCCAUAUAAGAACAGUCAUUGUUUAGAGGGCCACGCGUAACGGACAUGUUUUUUACGGGAAAACUAUGCGCCAUCUGAUUCUCUCUUCGUUUUGAGAGGAGACCCAGGUUUCGGAGGCUGUCCUUUGCACACAUAUUUUUCUUUUCCGAAAGUGCCGCCACCGCCAUUUUGGUCGCUGCCAUUCACACCAGGAACUCACUGCCGUUUGUUGCCUUGUGGAAUAUUAAAAUGGUCGAGCGGCA